GACCUUGCACAGGAACUGAGCCGAAUUCCUGCUGUAAAGGCAGUAGCACGACCGUGCGCCCCUGGGGCAGUGUGGAAAUCCCUGGCGUAUCUGAUUGCACCUGCAAUCCAUGCCAAACUUCAAGAAUGGGCCUUGAGGCCGUUAGCACUCCAAGAACCCAUCAGUAAGGCUGUUGUAGGCCUCUUAACCAGAGCUGCCCAAAGAGAUGCCCUGCCACAGCUGACCAGAAUGCCUUUGUGGGCGUAUCUGCCCGGGCGUUCCACACAAGAUGCGCUCCUGAGAGUAGCUAGACAUUGCCAUGCUGCACGCCAGUUGAUGCAAAGCCUCAGAACCAAUCCUUUCACUCGCCAGCAGGGAUUACCCAGGUUCAAGAUAGCAGGUGCCUUGCAGAUUUUCUUGGACAUUGAACGUGCAUUCGACAUGCUCAGCAGAGAACAUCUUUUCAGCAGACUGCAUCACCUUGAGAUUAAUCCUCACAUCAUCCAACUUUUAGCCUUGUGGCAUCAGGAAACCCACUACUCCCUGUUUUGCAAUGGAGAAGAAUCUACAAUCCCUGUAGGCAAGGGCGUGCGCCAAGGGUGCCGUGCGGCACCUCUUCUCUGGAAUGGGUACAUGUGGCUUUUCCUGGUUGAGUUGAGCAAAGAGGUAAAUUUAACCUGGGUACUGCAGUGCCUGAAUAUUUACGCUGACGAUUGUCACAUGGGCGACCUUUACAGAUCUUCCCAAGAACUGCAACUGCUUCUUGACAACAUCAACAAGACUCUUUUGCUUUUGAAGAAGUUUGGACUGACCAUCAAUCCAACCAAAUGCACAGCCUUGCUGACCAUGGGUGGAACAAACCACCGCAAGCUCCGUGCGUCACUCACUGCCUGGCGCGAUGGGAAAGAGUGGCUCUGCCUUGGUACAACUGCAGAUCCAAUGUGGAUUCCUAUUGAACCCACGGCCAAAUAUCUUGGCACGAUCAUUUCAUAUAGGAAUUUUGAAGAUGCCACCAUCAGACACAGAGCCCAAUUGGCACGCAUUGCAUUUGGACGCCUCAAGCGAUGGCUGACAGGGAGACGAGGGUUGCAACAGAAGCAAAGACUGCAGCUAUUCACCACUUGUGUAUAUCCAGUCUUGACUUAUGGCAUUUUUUCCAUAGGCAUCACCACAGUAGGCUUGCAGCACAUCCAACAAUUGCUAUAUUGCCAGCUUAGACAGAUCCUAUGCAAUCAUGCCUACAUCACUGGACACAGCCACACAUAUGCACUGUCAGUGAACCGUGUUGCGCUCCCCACUGAAUGGUUGUGGCGCUCUGCUGAAACCUUGCAGAGGUCUGUUGAACGUCGGACUCUCCGUGCUGGACCACAUGACAUUGUCCACCAAGUUGAAUGGACACACCUUGCUGACAUCAUUGAACUUUUGCACAACCAUCAUUGCAGGGGCCCAGACAUCGUGAUUCAGCCGCCAGCCCUUGACGUGCCCUUGUUGAGCCCCCAAUACACAUGUCAGUUGUGUGAUUUUCAAACCCAUGACACGGCUAUGUUUCGUAGACACUGCACUGUGGUCCAUGGACACCGCAUGACACGUACACUGCAUGUCAACCUGGCCCAGCACAUGAAACAUGGUUUACCACAAUGCCGAUUCUGCCAUCAGAAAUUCACCACCUGGCGUUCCUUCACCAUACAUGCGCAACGUGGUUGCCAGGUACUUCAAGCUGGCCCUACAGCCUGCUGGCUUGACCUGACGUGGCCACUUGCAGCAGACCGACUGCACAGGCCGACCAUGUUUGCACCCAAACAGGAUGCACCUGUGCGUGGACAGAUCCAAUUGUCCUCCACAGACCUGCAGAACAUCACCAGUCAGGAGUGGGGCCCACGCAUUUUGACCAUUGUGGGGUCCAAAAACUGGCACCACAUGAAGAAGGAGACAGAUGCUUGCAUGUACCUUGCCAAUAGGUGUUGUUUGUGCGAUCAGUUCUUGGGCAGAACGCAGGAAUUACACAGACAUUACAAGUUGCAUCACCCAGAGUUUUGGCCGCAUGUUCAGACAAAGGGCACACAGCUCACGCACCUGCAUGGUGAGGACCCACCUUGUCCAUAUUGCGGGGCCUUGUUCAAUGCCAAUCACCAAUGCACGGUGUGGCUACAAUUGGCAAUGCUACUCAUAUACGGCGGCGGUGUCACCACGGAGCCUCAACCUGUGCCAGUGACACUGCGCUGUGAAAUCUGUAUGGACACUUUUGCCACCAAUGAGGACCUGCAUGCACAUCUCACCAUGACACACCGCCUGAAGAGCACCAGCUACAACGUGGCCAGAGACUCACUAGCCGGUGAGCCAGUGUGUGCACACUGCCAAACAAUGUAUGACAGCUUGGAAUCAUUGCGUUCACACAUAAACCAAAGCAGGUGUCCACGAUUCAACCCUGAUCUGCCGACAGAGGUCGUGGAUGUCCUUCCGCAGUGGGUUGACGCCAUGUGUCGAGGCCAAUUUGCCAAUGUUUUGCGCGAUGCACAUGUUCGAUUGCAGCUCACCCUGCGGUGCCAAAACUGCAGCAGUCGAUACCAGAGAUCCUCAUCCCUGGCAGGCCACCUCCAAUCGGCUCAUCCACAGUUAUGGUCUGCAUCCCAAGAGCUCACGCAGGUGAUGGUAUCACUCCUGUAUGAUCAAGCAGGUUGCUUAUGCAACCCUGGCGUAGGAUCUGGUCGCAACAGUCACGUUUGUUUGCCCAUACGCCAGCUUGCAAUGCAACAUUUAAGGAUGGAAGGACAGAUCCUGUUUCCACAUCAACCUUCUGAUGAGGAAUUGACUGCCAUUUUCUCCUUGAAUUUGACCAGACAACAGCGGUUUACGUUGGAAAAGACCAUCACUGACAGAGCCAUCUCAAACUUCUGGACUGCUGACCCGGUUUUGACCAUCCUGAGGGAGACCUGCGUUCUAUGUGGACAACCAAUGCAUCCUGCUGACCUGAUUCCACACCUCUAUGAGGCCCAUCAGUGUGGACAACCAAUUGUGCACUUCAUCAAGACACAGCUGGCACUCAAGUUUCUUGCACAUGCCACUGAUGAUGGGGAGUGUUAUGCAUGCCAGCAGGUUUACAACUGCCCGCGCAACUCUGCCUUGGACCCCAAUGAUGCAUCCCGCACUGCAACUGCUCAAGCACAUUUUCGUGCCCAGCCGCCCAUGGCAGACAUGGACAUGCCCGAAGCCGAGGAAGUGAGCCAACAAGUGUGGACAGCUUUUCAGGCCAUAGCCCCACUCAUGACCGACAAGACGCUGAUCUUGGAACCCAAUGCAGCACCAAAGCGCCAAAGAAAAGGCGAUUCAACACCUCAGCCACCCGGGCACGCCAAGCCCACACAGGGCAACGGAAAGGUGGACCUGGCCCAAGCCAUGACGCUGAUGGCAAAGCUGGCCUUGAGACUGGAUCGGGACCUUCAGCAGUUGAAGCGGGAGGACACCUUCAUCUACUUUUUCGGGCACAAAGGGCCAAACAGCAGUCUGCAGACCCUGCUGGAGGCCACCAAGACCUGGGCGGAGAACUUCCAAGCGCCUCAACCUGCACAACCGGUGCAACCUUUGAGGCAACAUCUCAUGCAGAUCCUCUUCAACACUCUCCUGACACGACUCACCCAGCUGGGGGAAUCGGAGAGGGGAUCGGAGAUUCAGGAAACCGCCAUUCGGAACCAGAUCUUGCUCCCCGAUGGCCAAUGCCCAUACCUGGAAUGGGAUGCAGCACAGAAGCAGUUGAAGAUCAGCCAGCGCCGACCGUUGACCUUGAAACAUCUUCAUCAACUGUGCACCGACAUGAUCGAACACCUGGCCGACGUGAACCUGGUGAGUGCCUUCCAUGCCCUGCCCUCGACCAACAAGGAGGUCACGGCCUGGAAACUUCAGAUCAGCCUGAGAGCCGACACACCAUGGCAAAUUUUGCAAACGAUGUCCAACUCGGCAGUGUGGCACCUCAUGGGGACAGCACUGAAACCCCAUGGACAGAAGCAGAGCCCUCUGGCAAUGAACCUCCAGCAGGCACUUGGCAUGCACAAACCGCCCAAAGGCAAGGGCAAAGGCAAAGGCAAACACAAAGUGGCACCCAAACAGGAGUGA